UGUAGUGCUGCGAAUCUGUUCUUUUUAGUCAGUCGACGUCAGGAGGCCAGACAGUGAAGAUGUUGUCAGUGACUGUGCUCAUCGCCGGGCUCGCCCUUGCUGCGGGAAUUCCCCAGAGAAAUCAGGGGGACAACCUCUCAGCCUCACAAUUCCUCUGCCCGGAGCCCUACGGGUACUUCGGGGACCCCUACCAGUGCGACAAGUACUACGAAUGUAGCGACGACAUCCCUACGCCCCUCCUGUGCGAAGAUGGAAAAGUCUUCGAUGAGUUCAAGGGCAAGGCUGGCCACGUCGACCCUUGCGACAUCCCUUACGUUGUUGACUGUGGAGAGCGUUCCUUGAUGCAACCCGCAUCCAACUCCAGCGUCUACUGCCCCCGCCUCCACGGUAUCUUCGCCGACAACCAGUUCUGCAACAAGUACUACACCUGCAUCGACGGCCAACACACCGUCACCGAGUGCCCUGCCGGCCUGCACUUCGACAGGAAGACCGGCACCUGCGCUUGGGAAGCUUCGGCAGGAAGGACUAACUGCGCGGAUGAGAGGAAAUGCAUCAACGAUUUCUGCUGCGACGGCGCCAAGGACUUCACGGACUUCGAGGGCCGGCCUGUGCCCCACCCCGCCUUUGCCAACCUCAUCGACUGCCAGAAGUUCUACGUUUGCCACAACGGCUUCACCCCUCAGGAGGCCUCCUGCAGCCUCGGCCAGGUCUUCAAUGACGUCACUAUGAUGUGCGACUACCCGGAGAACGUGCCCGCCUGCGUCGGAUGGUACAGGGAUCACCCAGACUUUGUCGAUUAUUACGAUGACGCCGGCAACCCCAUCAACCCGGCUGAAGGAAACGAGGAUUUUGUCGCGUAAAAGACUCGCGUGUCUGGGCAGUGCAUGUCCUCCUCUUCCGAUGCAGCUUUCCCCUUUCGUUUCAUUUCUCUGCUUUUCUUGGAGAGAGGAUGAUGGUGAUGACUCCAUCUUCCCUCCACUCCCUCUGAUUUAAAAAAAAAGGGGAUUUCAUUUUUCUUGCCGAAUGAUAUCUUGGCUAAUGUGUUCCGUUGCAUUUGUUUUUAAUGUAGUCUGAAAUGUUUCGGAAAUUUGCAUUAUAUUAUUCUUGCUUGUAUAUACGUUUCGGCUUCGAUAUCAUUGUAUAAUUCUUUUGUGUUGGCAAUACCUUAUGCUACAAUACUAGCACUUGAUACUGUAGCUAUUAAGCCCAAAAAGGCCACAAGCUUUCGUAAUGUAUAUUUUGAAUGUGCGUUAAGUUUCUUUAGAAGAUUAUUUUCAAUUUUGUGUGAUUACUCAAAUGGAAAAUCUGAUUUUCUUGAAGUAUCUCGGCUGAUUAAUUUUAACUUCCUUGGGUUCCCGUCUUUCACUGGUUCGUACAUCAAACGCAUGAAUAGCGCAUGCCACUCCUUAUCAGACUCUAUAAUAACAGUAAAAUGUGGGAUAACAGAAAUAACAACUCAAGACUUCACUGUCCUGUCUCCAAAGCAUGUCAUCUGUUUCCAUGACAUAUUUAAAGCAUGUGGUAUUUUAUAUUUUCUCGAGAUUUUUUGCAGUCUUCCCUGUUCUUUCAGCAUGAUAGCCAUCUUCCCGUUUUCGUAACAAAAGUUUCCACCUCUAACACCGUUUUCUUUCAGCAUUCCUUAGUUCGUCGGAAUCACCUGGCGUUCUUCUGUCACUGUAAUUUCUCUUCUUGUGAUUUUGUAUUUUACAUAUAAUCGCAUGUUUCCUUACUUCAUCUCUCCUUAAUACCAACAAAUCUUCUUAUUGGCCAUACUAGAAGCAUGUCAUCCCCGUUUUCUUUACAGUGCUGACUUUUACAAGAACAACCCCCUCUUCGAUGUUGUGUAUGACGACGCGGAUGGGGACGGCAGCCCAGACUUUGGUGUUCGCCGCGACUUUUCGCAAACUUCCAUUAACUAACUGUCAGUCCUCGUCUUCCGUCACUUGGAAAUUAACUUGUAAACUGUAUCGCCACCCUAUGCAUGCUUGUACAUGAUUUCUACUUUAUAUUUUUAAGUUUCUUGAGUUGUCCUCUCCUUUACUCUAGAUGUUUGGAUCCUCUGUAGGACUUCCUGAAUCUGUUGUCCUGAAUGAAGACCGUGGUGUCAUAGCUGGUUGUGAUAUCACCUAGCUUCAAUUUGCUCAUCUUCUAUGUACAAAAUAAACCAAAAGACGGCUUUAAAAUCCAAAAUAUGGAUUUAGUAGCCCAAAAGACAGACACUUUCCGUCCUCACUUAGCUAAGACAUAUUGUUAUACAGUUUUUACAAUAAGCUACACCCACUUGCUCAUCACUCCCGUCCAUGCACUCUGAUUGGUCGAGAAUAUACUUGCAUGUUUGUAUUCUGCUUUUUCAUUGGAUGAAGGUUAUCCAAUAAACCUUCCCGUUUCUGGACGUUGGUGUCAUUCACACCGACAGUGCUUUAACAAAUUUCAAACUCUUCUUGAUACUUCUAAGCCGAGAAACUUUGCUCCUGAGGAAUAUUUGAUGUACUGUACCUAUUUUAUAGGAAAAUAUAUAAAACCCUAAACAAAAAAAA